AAAGUUUCACUUCACUGAACAUUACCUUCUCUUUCUCUCUCUCCUUCUAAAUCUCACAUUCACUGUUACUUCUUCUUAGAACUUCUUCACUCUCUCUCUCACACCACUGUACACUCUCUCUCUCUCUCUCUCUCUCUCUUCUCUGGUGUUUGAAGAAAACCCUAAUUCCCAAUUUUUUUGUCGUUUUCUUCUUCAACUCUCUAAUUUUUUCUCUUGUAGAUCUAGAAGAAACCUUCACUAUGCACACCUGAGAAAAAAUCCGUGAAAAAUGUCAAGCUCCGACCCAAAAACCGGACCUAAACCGGGUCCAUGGCCUCCAGCUCCAGAAUCCUCCGCAAUGCCGCCUUCUACCUGGGCUAAACGAACUGGAUUUCGUCCCAAAUUCUCCGGCGAAUCAGCCGCCUCCGAUUCCGGUCAAGCCUCAUUGCCUGCUUCCGUUAGAGCCAGACAACCGGAUAACCAACCGGAUCUCGAAGCUGGUCAGGCUCGCCCCCGUCCUCCUCCGCCUGUCGCCGCAGUAGCAAACGGCGAGACAGAUAAGGAUAAGAACGAGAAAACACAACCACCUCCACCACCACCCCUACCACGACCACCUCCUGCUGCGGCUAUUGCUCCGGUUAAGGAUCAGCCGGUUAAGAGAAGGAGAGACUCUGAUGGGGCUCCUGGAAGAUCAAAUGGACCCGAUGGAGCAAACGGGUCAGGCGACCCGGUUAGAAGACCGACCCGAAUUGAAGAGAAUGUGGAGGUUUUGCCACAGAGCAUGGAUGAUGAUUUGGGGGCUAGAAGUUUGCAUAUGAAGUAUGGUCUCAGAGAUACUCCUGGACUUGUUCCAAUUGGGUUCUAUGGUUUGCAGCAUUACCUCUCAAUGUUAGGCUCAUUGAUUCUGGUUCCAUUGGUCAUAGUUCCUGCAAUGGGAGGUUCGCACGAGGAUAUUGCAAAUGUCGUAUCGACUGUACUUUUUGUGUGUGGGAUCACUACGUUGUUGCAUACUUCGUUUGGUUCGAGGCUUCCUUUGAUACAAGGCCCUUCUUUUGUUUUUCUGGCUCCGGCUUUGGCUAUCAUAAACUCACCGGAGUUUCAAGGUUUGAAUGGAAAUAAUAACUUUAAGCAUAUCAUGAGGGAGCUGCAAGGUGCAAUCAUAAUUGGUUCUGCUUUUCAAGUAGUGCUUGGAUACAGUGGCCUAAUGUCACUGAUUCUGAGGUUGGUGAAUCCAGUAGUUGUUGCUCCGACAAUAGCUGCUGUUGGACUUUCCUUUUACAGCUACGGUUUCCCGCUUGUUGGUAAAUGUCUUGAGAUUGGUGUAGUUCAGAUACUACUUGUGGUCAUCUUUGCUCUUUAUCUCCGGAAAAUCUUGGUUUUAGGCCAUCGGAUCUUCCUUAUUUACACGGUUCCAUUGAGUCUUGCAAUCACUUGGGCUGCUGCAUUCCUUUUAACUGAAGCAGGAGCUUACACCUACAAAGGCUGUGACCCAAACGUUCCCAUCUCAAACGUUGUAUCUAGCCACUGCAGAAAAUACAUGACCAGAAUGAAGUACUGUCGUGUCGAUACAUCUCACGCGCUUAGAUCCGCACCUUGGUUUAGGUUUCCUUACCCUUUGCAAUGGGGUGUGCCGAUAUUCAGCUGGAAAAUGUCUCUUGUUAUGUGUGUCGUCUCCAUAAUUGCUUCAGUAGAUUCGGUUGGUUCGUACCAUGCUUCUUCUCUGUUAGUAGCAUCAAGGCCUCCAACACGAGGCGUUGUGAGCCGAGCAAUUGGUCUUGAAGGCUUCACAAGUGUCUUAGCCGGUCUUUGGGGUACAGGUACCGGUUCAACCACACUAACCGAAAACGUUCACACAAUCGCUGUGACCAAAAUGGGAAGCCGCAGAGUCGUUGAGUUAGGCGCAUGUGUUUUGGUUAUAUUUUCACUUGUUGGUAAAGUUGGAGGCUUUAUAGCAUCGAUUCCUCAAGUGAUGGUUGCUUCUCUUCUUUGCUUCAUGUGGGCUAUGUUUACGGCUUUAGGUCUCUCGAACUUACGCUAUAGCGAAGCAGGAAGCUCGAGGAACAUCAUAAUCGUUGGGUUAUCGUUGUUCUUCUCACUCUCUGUUCCAGCUUACUUUCAGCAAUAUGGCAUUUCCCCAAACUCGAAUCUCUCUGCUCCAAGCUAUUACCAGCCUUACAUUGUUGCCUCUCAUGGACCAUUUAAAAGCCAAUACAAAGGGUUGAACUAUGUAAUGAACACGCUCUUAUCGAUGAACAUGGUAAUUGCGUUUAUCAUGGCUGUGAUUUUGGACAAUACGGUUCCAGGGAGCAGGCAAGAACGUGGAGUUUAUGUUUGGUCUGCUAGUGAGACUGCAACAAGAGAACCAGCUCUUGCUAAAGAUUAUGAGCUGCCUUUUAGGGUUGGGAGGUUUUUCAGAUGGGUCAAAUGGGUUGGCAUUUGAAAAGAAGAAGACAGUGGCAAAAUGGUAAAUAGUUCAGAUGAGAGAUUCUGUUUUCUUUUGUUUUUGUUACUAGUCUGUUAUUUUUUUAGUCUCUUAAAUUUUUAUAACACGGUGGAGUUUUCCUUGGGUCGCAAGUUUGUUUAUUGGAGAGUUUUUGGUUUUGAAACAGAGAAUAUGAAAGUUGAUGUUGUUGUAAGUUAUAUAGAUUUAUGAUCGGUCCAUUUGUAACUAGAGUUAUUAUUUUUUCAUCCUUAUUUUCUUUUUUUUCAGUAUCAUUACUUCAAACUAUUAGAACAACGUGGAGAACUCAGGACUCGUGCAUAGCUUUGUUUCUGGACUCUCUUUUUUUAGUUCCCACUUGUGUCUUAGGUUUUCAAAACCUUGUAAUAGCUUAUAUACCAAGUUAACACAUCCUAUUUG